AUGUUUUUUCCACUGCCAGACUUCACCAGAGAUAGAAGACUGCGCGAUGCCCUCGCCUACAUUACCUUCCUUCUCGGCCACGAGGGACCUGGCAGUCUGCUGGCUGAGCUGAAGGAACUCGGCUACUGUACCGUCUGCGACGUGGACUACUUCUUCUACAGUGGCUUUGGCUUCCUCGACAUCGACGUCAACCUGACGCAGGGCAUCACCAAGAACACUGAAAUUGUCCAGUUGCUUUUUCAGUACAUCGGCAUGCUCAAGGCGACGCCGCCUGACAAGCGUAUCUACGAGGAGAUAAGCAAGGUCAAUGAAAUCAAAUUUCACUUUCGUGACAAGCUAAGCCCUCAGUUCUGUGUCAAGUGCAUCUGCUCCAAUCUGCACAUCUACUCAUUUGAAGAUGUCCUCUGCACGCGCGCUCUGAUGGGGCCAUUUGACGCGGACGCCAUUCAAAGCCUGUUCAAGUACCUGGACGUCAACUACCUCAGCCUGCAGGUAAUCAGCCCGAUCUUCAAAACAAAAGGCAUUCCACUGCAGAAGGACCCCAUCUACGGCACAGAGUACGCCAUCAGCAAUAUGACCACCGCUGAGCUGGCCAACUGGGCCAAAGUUGAGCUCAACCCGGCGUUCUUUCUGCCCGCUUCCAAUGAGUUUAUUCCUGAACGCUUUGCGCUGAAGCCAACUGCAAAGCCAGGCCUGGAAAUACCUGAACUGGUGCAGAGUAAUGAGUUUCUUAAAGUGUGGCACCUGAAGGAUAGUACGUUCAAUGUUCCGAAAGCUUUCUACGGGUUCUUCUUCAAGAGUCAACUGGUUCAGGAUUCUCCCUUGAAUUCCAAUUUAAUUGGUCUCUUCAUCAAACUAUUCUACGACUACGUCAAUCAAAAGUUUUACUCCGCUGAUUUGGUUGGCAUCAACUACAACAUCUCCACUAACAAGUUGGGCCUUGAAAUUACCGUUGAUGGUUUCAACGACAAGCUAGACGCCUUUCUACUUGCCUUCGUCAAUGAGCUGAUCAACUUCAAGAUCAACCCAAAGCGAAGUGACAUCGUCUUUGGACUGUACAUAAAUUCACUGAAGGUUUUCGAUACGUAUCCCAUCUCGACUAUGCUGUACAUGUACCAGGAUGUACUUCUCACAGCAAACUGUUGGACCUACGAUGAACUAAUUGAGGCAUUUCCACACUCCACUGAGGACAAAAUUUUGCCGUUGAUGCGCAACAUCUGGGCAAAUUGUCAGGUAGAGGUGCUCGCUCACGGCAACAUUGACCGUGAGGAAGCUGUUCAGCUGGCCCAAAAGGUGAGCCAACUGCUGACCAACUCUAUGAAGCCGUACUCCUCCAGUCUGCACGUUCUCUACGACAACAACCGCGACAUUCACCUGCCCUCGGGAACGAGCGAGUUCGCCAUUACCAAUUCGCACCACGAGAACCACGGCUUUCUGCUGUACCACCAGAUGGGCAUUCUCAAUCUGCAGCACCAGGCGCUGCUCGAGCUAAUGCACCAGAUCAUCAGUGAGCCCUACUUCAAUCAGAUAAGAAUGGCCGAACAGCUGGCCUAUGUUACCUUUGUGUCGCAGAAGUUCACCAGGUCAGGCACUGUGGGGCUGAACAUUCUCAUUCAGUCUGCCUACGAGCUGAAGUACCUGGAGAGCCGUGUGGACGCUUUUCUCAACUCGCUGGAAGAUCACCUGAAGAAGAUGCCACUGGAGGAGUUCAACAAGGAGCGCAAUGCGCUGAUUACGCAGAUCAGCGAGAAGCCCAAGCAGAUGUUUACUUUCUCGUGGAAUCUCUGGAAGGAGAUUCUUCUCAGUCAGUACGUUUUCGAUCGUGACACCAAACUGGUAGCCUACCUCAAGCGCUUCAAACCGAGUGACAUUCUUGAGCUAUAUCGAGGUACACUGCGCACUGACAAUCCACGCUGUCGCCGGCUGCUCAUUACCAUCAAGUCGGCAAAGACAAAGGAGAUGCAGGGCAAGUUUCCCAUCAGCGGCGAGGCAGCGGCACCAAAGCAUGCGGAAGAGAUGCCACUGAAAGAAGCGAAUUCAGGCCGAGGCAACGCUUUACCUCAAACGGGGAAUCAGUCAUCAUCGUCAAUAAAGAGUGAACACAAGGGUCGCAUCAAGAUAAAGCAUAUUCGUAAAUUCAAGUGCGAAUGCAGCCUGUCGCCUAUUCCUAAGAUAAUUAUUGACAAAAUUUGA